CAUUACUCUUUUAUUUCGUAUUAUUAUAUAUAAAUGAACUGAAAGUUAAUUUUUUAUAAUUGAUUUGUUUUUUAUUGACUCUAAUCUUUUUGUAUACAACAUAAUGUAUUUGUGAUUAAUAUUUUGUAUAUAAUAAUAAAUUGUGUGACAAAUGAUCCGAUUUGUGUCCUUAGCGGCUGCUGUGGCCCAGUAUAGAACCAACCAAAAUGUCUACCCCGUUAUCAUGUACCACUCGUCGAUGUCGAUCGACUCAAACGGCUAUAACAAUAAUUGCAAAGACAAUUGGAUGCUAUAUAUCAGUACAAUAGUUAUAUUCAUAAUAUUGAUGAUACUAUCGGUAGUGCCACUCAACUCCCGAUUAGGCAUAUUUCUAGGCGUUUUGAUAAUUAUAUUCUUAAUUAUACCGAUUUAUACUCAUUGGAAACGAUUACACGAUCUCAAAGAGAUGAGCCAAAGACAAUCGACGACCGCCAACAGCGCCCGCCGCCAGUCCUCUUCCUCCUCGCCAAACGGUUCCGCCGAUAGUCCCGUCGAUCACACCAUUCAUAGACACCCAAACACUACCGUCACAGGUGUUGGGGAACUGCAGCCCCCGCCGGGCGCCCCGGGCUCUGGUGGGGGCUCUAUAUACUCGAUGAACUCCAUCAACGAUUUGCCCCCCAAAUACGAACUGCCGCCCAGUUAUUCGCAGACCAUAUACACCAUCGAUGUCUGAUAUUAUCUUAUAUUUAUUUUCAAGAAUCUGAAGACUAAACAUAAAAAUUAGCGGAAAGACAUGCUUUCGGACAUUGAUUUGAUAUUAAGACACAAAAUGUGUUAUAAUUUGUUGGAUUAAAUUGUGUGGUAUUAGCAGUUUAUACAUGAAAAUAACCAAACAAAUCAUUUAGUGAUCGAUGCAAUCCGCGUGUCAUCGAUGGUAUAUGUAGUGGUGAUGGAGAGACAUAAGACGGCACUGUUGGGCUGACACACACUCCAGAUAUCGACUGACAGCACCCGGAAUGACGGCAACGACACAAACAUACAUAAUAUACACGACAUGACGACAACAUGUAUUGAACGCCACUUUUAUCGGCGUUUCGUCAACGAUGAAGAAGACGACAGGAAUUUGUAGUUUUUCCUCAUUUCUUAUGACAUUUCUUCUCAAAUGUUGUGACAAAACAGAUGAUUAUUUUCUUAUCGAUUAUACAAUACACUUACACAUCGAGUUUAAUUGAGUUUAUUAUAAAUUUAGGCAAUAUAUAAACAGUGUUUUCUGUUAAUUGUAUUUAAAUGUAUUUAUAAUUGUAUAUAUGGUGUGAAUGAAUGGCAGACAAACACGGGUUUGAUUGAAUGGGCUGUGCCUUUGACUGAAACACAUGCAUACAUAGUCUGGGCAUUUAAAUUGUUAUAAUCAGUGCCUAUAAAUGUAAGUAAAAACACCCGGUUUUGUAAAUUAUAUAUUUGUCAA